UGACAGCCGAAAAUGGUUUUUUCUGUAGCCAUUUACCAUCGAGCUGCCAUUGCGAUAAAAUCUAACAAAAUUCUCUUAAAAUACUAAAUUUUCAUCUCAAAUCUUACGCUUUUAUAGCUUAAAAUGGCUCGCUCUAAAAACCGUUCAGAGUCGGCUGAUUCUGAUAAAGCUGAGAAAAAGCAGCGCGGUCGUGAAAAAGAACGCAAGAAGCGCACUUCCAGUAGCAGCGACAGUAGCUCUUCGGAAAGCAGCUCAUCACGAAGCAGUUCUGGUUCACGGUCCAGCUCAUCCAGCAGCAGUUCAUCCUCAUCAAGUUCAUCGUCAUCGUCCAGUAGUGGAGCUGAGCGCUCGCGCCCGAAACGUAAAACCGCGACCAAAUCUCGCUCGCGUAGUGCCAGCCCACCAAAGGAAGCUCCGAAGGAAGUUAAGCCGAUUCGUGCAAAGUCUAAGGAGCGUACCGAACGUCGUACCCCGGAGCGAGAUAAUGACAAAGAAAACAAGCAAGCAAAACCAGUUUCACCAGAUCGGAACGCCAAGGACGGUGCACGCAGCCGUCGCUCACGAUCUGGUUCGUCCAAGCGCCGAAGGAAGGAACGUUCCGUUACACCACGACCAACUAGGAUACACGUUGGCCGAUUGACGAGAAAUGUAGUGAAAGACCACAUUCUUGAAAUAUUUAGCACAUAUGGUGAGAUUCGCAACGUCGAUUUCGCAAUUGAUCGUUUCCAGCCAUUUGGACGCGGCUUCUGCUAUAUCGACUUCGUUAGUCCGGACGGGGCAGAGAAUGCUCUCAAGCAUAUGGCAGGCGGUCAAAUCGAUGGACAGGAAAUCACCGCCGUACCGGUGUUAGUUCAGAAAACUCGACCCCCGAUACGCCGACUGUCACCGAUAAUGAGAAACAAUCGCCCUCCUCCCCGUUGGCGCGGAUCUCCUAUGCGCUACAGGCGUCGUGAUCCGAUUAGACGCAAUAGCCCGCGACGUCGACGUUCCCGCAGCCCGAUUAGAAGGCGACGCCACAGCAACAGCUCUGACAGUUCUCGUUGAGAUUUUUUUGCGGGCGAACCCAAUUGAUUUCUGUGUGUUUCAAUUCACUGUAUUUUGAAGUAAUAUAAUCAAUCUUAGUCUGGUAAGAACCAUAUUAUAUAAACAUUGCUAGCACUUCACAGACAAAAUAGAACACGGUUAUAACAGCCCUUAAGAUUAAAACACAAAAAGCUUGUUUAAUUAAUUUGAUUCAAUAAAGGACAGAAAAACACA